AGGUGCGACCCAAAACAUUAACCUUCUACCAAUUCCGGUAAGGAAAGGAAACAACCGACGGCGACUUGUCCUGAAUCCUGAUUCUCCCAGGAGUUGUCCGUCCUCGAAACGUUUCCGGCAACCGGAGAAUCAACGUGGUCCGAAUCGUGUAGUCGGAAAAUGGAACAGCCCAACGGCACGGGAGGGGAAGGAGAGCGAGGCGGUGAAUCGGCGGCUAAGAGCCGGAGGGAGAAGCGGAAAGCGAUGAAGAAGAUGAGGAGGAAGCAGGUGAGGAAGGAGAUGGCGGAGAAAGAGAGGGAGGAUGCGGAGGCGAAGGAGAGGCUUUGCGAUCCGGUGGAGCAGGAGAGACUGAGGGCAGCGGAUGAAGAGGAGGCGCGGCGGAGGGAGAGGGAGCUGAAGGAGUUCGAGGAGAGAGAAAGGGCUUGGUUAGAGGCCAUGGAGUUGAAGAAGAAGAAGGAGGAAGCUGAAGAGGAAGCGGAGAGGGAAGAGGAAGCGAGGCGAAAGAAGGAGCUAGAAGGGUCUCGAAAACUUGAGAAUGAAUGUGAUGAAGAUGAUGAAUGGGAACACGUUGAAGAAGGGCCUCCAGAGAUUAUAUUUCAGGGGGAUGAGAUUAUUCUCAGAAAGAAAAAAGUGAGGGUCCCAAAGAAAUCACAUAAACUGGUUGAAGCACAUGAGAUUGCUGAUAGGCCUACUUCAAAUCCUCUACCUCCUGAAACAGAAGCUUUUACUGAUCUUCAGAAAGCUAGUUCUGCUCAGCAAGUUCUGGAGAAUGUUGCUCAUCAAUUACCCAACUUUGGGACUGAGCAGGAUAAAGCUCAUUGCCCUUUCCAUCUGAAAACUGGAGCUUGUCGCUUUGGUCAGCGUUGCAGUAGAGUUCAUUUCUACCCUGAUAAAUCAUGCACUCUAUUAAUGAAGAACAUGUAUACCGGUCCUGGCAUUGCAUGGGAGCAGGAUGAAGGGCUUGAGUAUUCAGAAGACGAGGUUGAACGUUGUUAUGAAGAAUUUUAUGAGGACGUUCAUACAGAAUUCCUGAAGUAUGGAGAACUUGUUAAUUUCAAGGUGUGUAGAAAUGGCUCGUUUCACUUGAGGGGCAAUGUAUAUGUACACUAUAGGUCAUUGGAAUCAGCUAUUCUUGCUUACCAGUCCAUCAACGGUCGGUACUUUGCUGGUAAACAGGUUCAGUGCGAAUUUGUCAAUAUCUCAAGGUGGAAAGUUGCUAUAUGCGGGGAGUACAUGAAGUCCAGGCUUAAAACAUGCUCUCGAGGAUCUUCGUGCAAUUUUAUCCAUUGCUUCCGUAAUCCUGGUGGAGACUAUGAAUGGGCUGACUAUGACAAACCACCUCCAAGAUACUGGAUAAGGAAAAUGGUCGCUUUAUUCGGUUAUUCAGAUGAAUAUAUGAAGCAGAGAGAGUGUGAAUCUUCAAGCACAUUGAAGGACUCUGGCUCGGAUUCACAUAGGCGACCUGCAAGACGAUCUAGAUCGAGGGAUGGUGGUUAUGUGAGUGUUCGUGAGAGGUGUGGUGAUACAUCGGAAGGCAGUCAUGGACACAGAGCUGGUAGGGUGGAAGAUCAUGGUCAUGAUGAAAGAGGAACUCUUUCUAGUGACACCAAGGAAGGUAGUUCAGGGAGGGAGUACGCGAGGAGAACGUUGUAUCGUGAAAGCAAAUGGUCGGAUUGCACUCCUGGCUAUUGGGUCACAAGAGAAAGAAUCCGUGAACAACAUUCUGACGAUGAUUCUUCAGAUGGAGAUGGGGACACCAAGAGAUUCUACAAAAGGAAAAGAUCAAACCAUUAUGGAAGACCAGCUUUUGAAGUUCGUGGAGAACAGCUGGACGAUGAGAAAGAACAGAAGAGUUCAAGAAAACGCAACAGGGAAGGAUCAUCAUCAACUGAUAAUCAGGUCAAUACAAUUCAGGACAGAUCUAAACAUCGGCACGAAAGAAACAGCUCAAGAUCUUCCCCUGGAGAUUGGUUGGAGGAAGACUUUGUCGAGAAAAGACAUCAUCACCAUAAAAGGAAAGGAUCAUACCCUCAAGAUGAUGUUUCGGACAGAUCAAAUGUACAAAAUCUGGGAUCAACUCGAGAUCGUAGGAAUAGCAGGCAGAGAAAGCGUGACUCGGGUCUUAAGUACGGGACACGAGAUGACGAAACCCAUCCCAGUGAGGAGAAAUCCGAGGAAGAAACAUGGGAAGGGAGGCAUCAUCGCCAUAGAAGAAGAGAUUCAAGACCGAAGCAUGAGAUUCUGCCAUCUGCAAACAAUUACCCAAAAGAGAGAAACUCUGAAACCAAUCCAUGUAAGUCGUCAUCAGCCAGUUUAGUUUGUGAAACAAAAGAUUACGUUGACGGGAUUGAGCGUUGGAAGCCACAUUGUUCCGGGGACGAGUCUACAUAACUGUCGAGGAGAAUAAGAGCGACGGGUAAUAUGAUGGGGGAAGAGCAGAUGUUUUCUCAAUCACUUUCAGAGUCUUAGUUUAUGUUUUUUUGAAUUGAGAAGGUGGACACGAGAAGAAAUACUGUAAUACUAACACUCCCUAAACAUGUCUUCUCAUUGUUCUCUCUCUCUGUAAAUAUCUGUUUUUUUUUUUUGGA